AUGAAAUUCAAGAGAACGAUACAGAAAACAUUUGGAUCGUCGAAAGUGAAGAGCAUACAGAUGCAUCCCACGAAGGCGAUGGCGAUCAUAGGAUUGUUCAGCGGGUCAGUGCAGAUCUGGGAUACGGAAAAGAUGUGCAUGCUGAAUGACAUCCAUGUAUCGAAUGAGCCUAUCCGAACCUGUAUGAUUCUAAGCAAGAUGGAUUGGCUUCUUGUGGGGAGCGACGAUGGAAAUGUCAGUGUGUAUGAGCUGGGAAAGUACAGAAAGAUCAAAACACUUCAUGCACAUGACGACUUCAUUAGAAAGAUCGAGGGUCAUCCACAGGACUCACUGUUUCUGACUGCCUCUGAUGAUGCAACGAUGAAGAUGUGGGCAUAUGAAGGGGAAAUCAGCCAAAAGAUGGUUUACACAGGCCACACGCAUUUUGUGAUGGACGUGUGUUUCUAUCCAAAUGACAGCAGCAAGUUUGUUUCGUGCUCCUUAGAUUCGACGAUCAAGGUGUGGAACGUGGGCCAGGCGCAUUGUAUAAAAACAUUCAAAGGACAUACAUCUGGAAUAAACAGCAUAUGCUUCCUUAGCGGGGACUAUUUGGUUUCUGGGGCUGAUGACCUGAUGCUGAAGGUCUGGGACUUUCAGACGACUCAGUGUAUAACAACUCUUUCUGGGCAUACAAACAAUAUCAACAAGGUGUAUCCGCUUGCCGGCUUUCCGUUGUUUGCCUCGUGCGGAGAGGACGGAAGUGUAAGACUAUGGAACAACAAAACGUUCAAGCAGGAGGAUCUACUUAUGCUACAGGGGGGAAGGGUCUGGGAUGUGAAGGAGAAAAACGGAAAGAUGGUUGUUGGUUGUGACGAGGAGCUUAUUUUUAUUGAUGCACAUCAGGGGACGUCUUUGGUCAGGAUGAGCAGGAGCAGGAUAUUCUAUUCUGUUUCUGGGUCUAUUUUCGGAGCCAAGAGCGGAAACAUAGGUGUGGUCAAGGAGCUGUGUAAUGUUGGGUUUUAUCCUGAUGAGCUAGAGGUUUCUCCGAGCGGGAAGACAAUAGCAGUUGGAAAUGAGGGGGAGUUUCAGAUAUUUUCAUCCCUGGGGUUCCGAAACAAGUUUAAUGGGGAGGGAAGAGACUUUCACUUCAUAAGUGACGACGAGUUUAUUGUGAGAAACGGAGAUGAGGUGAGGUUUUACAAGAAAACAGAGGUCACCGGGGUCAUUGAGAUAAAGGGCAUUAGCAAGCUGUUUUUCCUGAGCACCGCUUUAAUAGGAUGCAAUGUUUGCGACCAGACAAGGAUCUAUUCGUCGUCUGGAGAGUUCAUUUUAUCCAUCGACGAUGCUUCUGACCACCUAGUCAUGGUUGGAGACUUUUUAGUUGCAUGCGGAGCAUUGAUAAGGAUAUACAGGGUGAACCAUGAGGUCAUCAAUGGAUUCAUUGAGCAGGAGAUUGAGGUUCCCGAGGAGGGGAUAACCGAUGCAUUAACGCAUGUUGGAACUGAAUACUACUCGGUUUCGUCAUGGUGCACAGGAGACGGGAUAUUCUACUUUGUGUCGAAUAAUAAGGGAUACUACCUUAUCUUGGGCGACAGGCUUUAUGUACAUCACUUUUCACCUAUUGACGGAAUAGCUGCGGGUGUUGAAGACGGGACUCUAUUCUAUCUUCAUGGCAAGGAUAUUGAGUCAAAAAAGAUCGACAUGGAGUUUCUCGAAUUCCAGAGGUCUGUGAUACUUGGGAAGGAGUAUAGGAUCACGGAGGGGAUACGCAGCAAGGCAAUUGCAUUUUUUGAGUCUCUAGAAAUGCACGAGAGGGCUCUAGAUCUUUGCAACGAUGAUAAUCAGAAGUUUGAGAUUCUCCUGAAGUUAGAUAGAUAUGACGAGGCGUUUUCAAAGGCAAACAGCAUAGUCAAGUACGACAAGCUCGGAAGAUACUUCCUCAAGGCAGGGGAGCUGUCUAAGGCGUCUGAGUGCUUUCUCAGAUCAAAGAACUGGGAGAGCCUCCUCCUUGCAGAUAUCUUAUCUGGGAAAAGGAAUCUUAGUGUUGCUGGAACAGAAUGCAGAAAGGAGGGGAGGCUUAACCAUGCAUUCUUUGCAUAUCUAAAGGGUGGCCAGUAUGGAGAAUGUGCAAAGUUGCUAGAGGGCACACCUUUCUCAUCGCUGUUUUGCAAAAACUACCUUGAUUAA